AUGGCAUCUUUAUUAUCCUUUUAUCUACUUUCUUUGAUUUUUACCUUUCUUCUCAUCACAACACAAGCAAGGCCAGAAUAUCGUCAAAUCUCUAAUAUUAAUUCAUCUAAUCGAGUAAAACGUUUUGGCGGUUGGGGAGGUGGUACUUAUCGUUAUGGACCGUGUGGCUAUGGUGGUUGUUCUGGAGGCUCGGGAUUUGGAUAUGGAGGUGGAGGGUAUGGAGGAGGAUAUGGAGGAAGAGGAGGAGGUUAUGGUGGACGUGGACCAUGCGGUUCAGGCGAACAUCACAGCGCAGAAGUAUACGGCUGUGGUAGCAGAUAUGGAAGAAGAUGAAAAUAAAAUACUUAUUUUAAAUAAUA